AUGUCUGGAAAACCAGUUUGCAUUGCUGAUUUUGAAGAGUAUGCUAAAAAAUUUCUCCCCAAAUCAGUGUAUGAUUAUUACCGAUCCGGAGCAGAUGACCAGGAAACCCUAGCAGAUAAUGUAGCAGCAUUUUCCAGAUGGAAGCUGUACCCUUGGGUGCUCAGGGAUGUAUCGGUAAUGGACCUGUCCACCUCAGUCUUGGGGCAGAGAAUCAGCAUGCCGGUCUGCGUUGGAGCGACCGCUAUGCAGCGCAUGGCUCACGCUGACGGAGAGACAGCUACUGCUAGAGCCUGCUGUACAAUGGGGACAGGGAUGAUGCUGAGCUCCUGGGCCACUUCUUCCAUUGAAGAAGUGGCUGAAGCAGCUCCAGCUGGCCUUCACUGGCUGCAGCUUUAUGUGUACAAAGACCGGGAGGUUACCAAAUCCCUUGUGAAGCGUGCAGAGAGAGCAGGCUACAAAGGCAUCUUUGUGACAGUGGACACACCGUUCCUCGGCAGGCGCAUUGAUGACGUGCGCAACAAGUUUCAGCUUCCUCCUCACCUCAGAUUAAAAAACUUCUCAAGCAGUGACCUGGCAUUCUCCUCAGGGAAAGACUUUGGAGAAAACAGUGGACUGGCUGUGUAUGUAGCUGAGGCAAUUGAUGCAACGGUCAAUUGGGAGGAUGUCAAAUGGCUUAGAAGGCUGACCUCGCUGCCUAUCGUUGCCAAAGGAAUCCUCAGGGCGGAUGAUGCUAAAGAAGCUGUAAAAGUUGGAGUAAAUGGUAUCCUGGUGUCAAAUCAUGGAGCACGACAGCUUGAUGGGGUCCCUGCAACUAUUGAUGUCUUGCCUGAAAUUGUUGAGGCUGUGGAGGGGAAGGUGGAGGUGUUCCUAGACGGUGGUGUAAGAAAAGGCACAGACGUUCUCAAAGCACUAGCUCUUGGUGCCAAAGCUGUAUUCAUUGGAAGACCUCUCAUCUGGGGCUUGGCUUAUCAAGGUGAAGAAGGAGCAAAAGAAGUUCUCCAGAUGCUGAAGGAAGAGUUUCGACUGGCAAUGGCAUUGACAGGAUGCAAGAAAGUAGAAGAAAUUGGCAGGACACUGAUACGAAGAGAUCAAGCAUUGCUUUCCAAGAUUUAG